ACUAGCACAAAUAGAUUUGAAAAGGUAAUUUGGCCGAGUUGUCCCGACACUUAACUCGGCCAUCUCCGGCAAGCUCUCCAGAUAAAUCUGUUGGAUAAUAGCAGAAGUGUUCUGACUGCCUCUUACACGUCAUUCUUGACCUUCACCGAAUUAGAAAAUCACGCCAUUUGACUUUGAUAUGGAGUAGUGGUAAUAUACAACUAUGUUUUUAAUUUCAUCAUUCACAACGAGCCUCCAGAAAGAUCGGAUACGUUUGUUAAAAAUAGUGUUAACAAAUUGAACUAUAUAAACUCUUAAAAUAUACCUGGUAUAGCGCUGAGAUAUUGCGGUGACACAAUGUAAUAAAGGCUGAAGGGUUGCCGGAAGAGAAUGUCAGUCAUAGAAGAUUAAAGAUAUCGUUGCCAAUGGAGGAUUACAAAAAACUGUUCACUACACCUGGAAGCCAAAAUUGGCUAAAAGGGUCAGUAGCAGUUAACAUUACAAAGCGAGGACUUGCUUUGUUCGCUUGUAAGGUCUGUGAUGACAUUCGCGUUGAACAGUUAACAUUAGCAAUAAAACAACUCUUUCCUGACCUCUGUGAGAAUUGCUCAAUUGUUGAAGUUAUACAAUGUGACCCUAAUAACAACAUCUGUAAUUCAGGACAAUGCCGUUUCCACAAGGGGCGUAUUUUUCGUCCGUGCCCUGUAGUCAAAUGUAACGAUUAUCGUAACACUGUUAUAGACAAAAUCCAUAAAGGUAUCAAUAUUGAUUGCCAUUGCAAUAGCUGCAGGACAACUGAAAUUGUACCGUGUAAUCCAAAAAAUAAAGUCUGUACUUCGGGAAAAUGCAAAUUCCAUAUGGACCAAAAUACGAAACAAUUAAUUCUUACAAGGCCAUGCCCGAAUAACAUUUGUGGUUCGCUACGGAAUGCCAUUAAGAACAAACAUAGAUUUGGGAAUCCAUCAUGGAAGAACACCGAUGCAAGAAAAUGGUGUGUUAACGCUUGGGAUGUUGCAAAGUGCUUUAUGCCUCCAGAUGGCUACGCAGAAGUGGACAAUGAAAGCGACACAGACUUGAACGGAAUAAUCAGUGUCUACAUCAACUGUAAAGAUUUUCAACAGUAUUUUAUAGCUGACCUGUCAAAUCGACAGAACAUAUGUGACAAGGUGCGGGAUGUCGGAAAGAACAUUCGUCAUGCGCCCGGAUUGGAGCUUACUGACGAUGACUUGAAAGUCUGGCUAUCUGAUCUGAAAGCAUUAUUUUCUGACUCGGCAUUCAGCAUAGGCAAUCCCCUUGCAAAAGAAGCAAAAGACCAGUUGCAGCAGCUGGAGAAUGACGAACUUAUCAUAGAGCGGUCAGAGGUUGUGGUGGCCAUUAAGGAUUCGGUAGAUUACCUGAGAGGACUUGCUUCUUCAAAUCUAGAAACCGAGAAUCGAAUUCAUGAUCUGGAAAUGAAGAUGAAAAAUAUUCUUGAGCACAAUGAAAUUUCUGGGAUGGAUAGCUUUAAAUCAGAAUUGAAAGACAACCUCAUAAAGUACCACCGGGAAAACAAUUGUACGCUCAUGAUAGGUCCCUUCGUUGAAUGUGGAAGUGAUAUACUUGAAGACUUCUAUGUUCCACCUAACAUUAGAAGAGUUAUUCUUCAACCAAGAGAAGAGGACAAUACAUUGAAAGAACCUCUCAAGAGUUUGGACCAGUUGCUCAGCUCCAAGCGAAUUAUCGUUCUAACUGCAGACGCCGGCGUUGGAAAAACCUCGUUUUGUAAGUUUUUAGUUGUAUUGUGGUGCGCGGUGAAAGAGGGAAGGACCGAUUUAUUAGCGAAGCUUAGUGACACUCGAAACUUUUUCAGUGAAAUCGAAUGCAUAGAUAAGUUUACAUAUUUAUUUUACAUCCAGUUACGCGGAAAUCAAUGCGAUACACUAGAGGAUAUCAUUUUCUCUCAUGCAAAGUCAGUUCACACAGAGUUAUCAAGGGAUAACAAAACUUUUAAUGAGCUUUUAUCAAACGAAAACGGCUUGUUCAUUUUAGACGGAUUAGAUGAAUGUGACAUUCCUUCUUUAAUGCCCUUAGCCGCAAAUAGAAAGUAUACUAUACUCAUUACAUCACGUCCUUGGAAACUUGCAAGUAUAAAUAUACCCAGUGAAAAAACAUAUACACAUGCACAGGUUGACAACAUGAAUCAGGAAGUGUCCGCACAACUUGUGUUACAUUCGAACAAUUGUUUGAACAAGCAUUUCAGCACCUCAUAUAAUGUCGAUGAUUUCUUAUCUGCUAUUAAAUAUCAACAUUUAGAAUCUCAUCUCCAAAAUCCAAUGUUCACCUUGCAGUUAUUAUGUGUCUAUCACGACAAACACAAUGAGAAUAAAACAAGCCGGCAGAAUGUUACCGGGGACAGUAUGUGUACAGAGCACGAUACAACGGUAGUAUCUCAUAAGAAGGAUUUGGCGUACCUUGGUAAGACAAGGUCGCAUAUAUACGCAAACAUGAUAGAACUGAUACUCCGCAGUGUCGAAAAGAAGGAGAAAUCACUCGUACAAGGUCUAAGUGAGUUAUAUAAGAACAAUGGUCAAACACAUACCCUUCCCGAAUGCUUUGAUGAAAGAAAUUACACAUGCAGUGAAUUGGCAGGACUUAUUAACAAUAUUGGAAAAUUGGCUGCCUAUUCACUCUUAGGCGAUAAUAAAUCUGUAAUAGAGGAACACCAAAUGAGAAAACUUACGAAAGAGGAAACGACGGUACUUCUCAAAUCGGGACUUCUUUCAAAAACAAGCUUGAAAACACUAUCAGAAGAGAGCAAUAUGUACACAUUUUUACAUGAGACUUAUAAGGAGAUGCUAGCCUGUGUAUUUCUUUCUUCGCAAGAUUUCGAAAGUGAUGUUUGGAAAAAGUGUAUAAACAAGUUUGAAUCCGUUAUGUCACCCGAUAUUUUGUCGUUUUUAUGUGUCAUGAACUACGAACAAGGUUGCAAAUGUUUAGAUAUGUUUAAUAAAACAAAACGGUUAUUUUAUAAAGACGGCAAAUAUAACAUAUCCGGACUUAAUGACUAUCAAUCUACAAUUAAAAUGGCCUAUAAAGAAUGUUCUGGCAAUGGAAUUGAAAAGCCUCAAAUUACGUUGAAACACGCUUUGCUCAACUCAGAUUUUGGAAUGGAACCUGAUAAUGAACUUUUGCAAAAAAGCGUAACUGAAUUGGAAACACUUUUCAUACGCAAGUAUACGUUUACAACAGCAAUACAACCAAACAUAUUCUCAACUUCAUUGGUCAUCUUAUAUGUAUCGAAGACUACGUUCAGGAAUGACCUUAUCGAACUUUCGAAUUGUACACACCUCUCUAAGAUAACUCUACAUAACAGCCGCAUAACACACAUCACCAUCAACCCGUCUUCCCUAGAAGAGUUCUGGGUUUACCUGAAACCAGAACUGAGACAAGAGAUACCGCCAAUGAAGGUGUCCUUUAUGAGCGGUUCGCAGUUCUCUGGCAGUCUACAGAAGCUCAGUUUAGUGCACGUUACCAUGGAUGUUACCCUCGAUUUGUCAAACUGCCAGAAUUUACAGAAAUUAAUUCUUACAGAUAAUUCAUAUGAAAAAAUGAUAGGAAACAACGUCGUAAACAACAUGCAACACUGUGAAGAACUAAUGAAACUGCACCUUCAGAAAUUGACAUUUCCUACAGAUACACACAUGGAUCUCAGCGGAUUCAAACAUCUCUCUGAGAUAACUAUACAAAACAGCCGCCUAGCACACGUCACCAUCAACCCGUCUUCCCUAGAAAUGUUCAGGGUUUAUGUGAAACCAGAACUGAGACAAGAGAUACCACCAAUAAAGGCGUUCUUUGUUGGCGGGUCGCAGUUCUCUAGCAGUCUACAGAAGCUCAGUUUAGUGCAUGUUACCAUCGAUGGUUCCCUCGAUUUGUCAAAUUGUCAGAAUUUACAGGAUUUAGAUAUUACAAAUAACUCAUAUGAACAACUGAUAACAAACAACGUGGUAUACAACAUACAACGCUGUGAUGCAUUACAGAAACUGCACCUUGACACAUUGACAUUUCCCGCAGAUACACACCUGGAUCUCAGCAGUCUCAAACAUCUCUCUAAAAUAACUAUUGAAGACAGCCGCCUAGCACACGUCGCCAUCAACCCGUCUUCUCUUGAAAAGUUCUGGGUUUACGUGAAACCAGAACUGAGACAAGAAAUACCGCCAAUGAAAGUGUUCUUUGUUGGCGGGUCGCAGUUCUCUGGCAGUCUACAGGAGCUUAGUUUAGUGCACGUUGCCAUGGAUGUUACCCUCGAUUUGUCAAAUUGUCAGAAUUUACAGGAUUUAGCUAUUACAAAUAUCUCAUAUGAACAACUGAUAGCAAACAACGUGAUAUACAACAUACAGCGAUGUAAUGCACUACAGGAACUGUAUCUUGACAUGUUGACAUUUCCUGCAGAUACACACCUAGAUCUCAGCAGUCUCAAACAUCUCUCUGAGAUAACUAUAGAAGACAGCUGCCUAACACACAUUACCAUCAACCCGUCUUCCCUAGAAAGGUUCUGGGUUUACGUGAAACCAGAACUGUUACAAGAGAUACCGCCAAUGAAGGUGUCCUUUAUGAGCGGGUCGCAGUUCUCUUGCAGACUACAGGAGCUCAGUUUAGUGCACGUUGCCAUGGAUGUUACCCUCGAUUUGUCAAAUUGUCAGAUUUUACAGGAUUUAACUAUUACAAAUAUCUCAUAUGAACAACUGAUAGCAAACAACGUGGUACACAACAUACAACGCUGUGAUGCACUACAGAAACUGCACCUUGACACAUUGACAUUUAUUGCAGAUACACACCUGGAUCUCAGCAGUCUCAAACAUCUCUCUGAGAUAACUUUAAAAAACAGCCGCAUAACACACAUCACCAUCAACCCGUCUUCCCUAGAAAAGUUCUGGGUUUACGUGAAACCAGAACUGAGACAAGAGAUACCGCCAAUGAAGGUGUCCUUUAUGAGCGGGUCGCAGUUCUCUGGCAGUCUACAGAAGCUCAGUUUAGUGCACGUUGCCAUGGAUGUUACCCUCGAUUUGUCAAAUUGUCAAAAUUUACGGAAAUUAUUCAUUACUAAUUUCUCAUAUGAAAUUAUGAUAGAAAACAACGUGGUAUUCAACAUACAACGCUGUAAUACUCUACAGGAACUGCGGCUUGAAACAUUGACAUUUCCUGCAGAUACACACCUAGAUCUCAGCAGUCUCAAACAUCUCUCUAAGAUAACUAUAAAGAACAGUCGCCUAGCCCACAUCACCAUCAACCCGUCUUCCCUAGAAAAGUUCUGGGUUUACGUGAAACUAAAACUGAGACAAGAGAUACCGCUAAUGAAGGUGUCCUUUGUUGGCGGAUCGCAAUUCUCUGGCAGUCUACAGGAGCUAAGAUUAGUGCACGUUGCCAUGGAUGUUACCCUGGAUUUGUCAAAUUGUCAGAAUUUACAGAAAUUAUGAAUUAUAAAUUUCUCAUAUAAAAAAUUAAUAGCAAACAACGUGGUAUAGAACAUACAAUGCUGUGAUGCACUAGAGAAACUGCACCUUGACACAUUGACAUUUCCUGCAGAAACACACCUGACUCUCGGCAGUAUCAAACAUCUCUCUGAGAUAACUAUACGGAACAGCCGCCUAACACACGUCACCAUCAAGCCCGUCUUCCCUAUAAAAGAUCUUGGAUACGUGAAACCAGAACUGAGACAAGAGAUACCACCAAUUAAGGUGUCCUUUGUGGGCGGGUCGCAGUUCUUUAGUAAACUUAAGAUGCUAAGCUUAUUGAAUACAACGAAUAUUCAGAGCGUAGAUUUAUCUCAAUGUGUUUAAUUGCAAAUAAUCAGAAUAGAUCGCCCUGUUCCAACAUUACUUUUGGGUUUCCGCAUCUAGAGAAGAUUCGAUUGUUUGGUGCAAAAUCAGAAGUUUGCAACAAUGUUUUACAUUUCACACCUAAAUGUAAACAUCCUUGUAGAAGAAUAUGGUUUGAAUACCUACCCGCGGAAACGUUCAAUUCAUUGACUGUUUGCGGAACACGUUCUGAGAUGUUUAAAUUAUUUAAGUUUCGCUGUUAUGUCUCUAGACAGACAUAUUUCUGAUUUUAUGCAGACGAUUGCUGUGAAGACGGUUGAAUUUGAAGAGGUAAGAAUAGUGACAGCUGAGCAGCUUGUAUCAUUUCUAAAUUGUACGAAGCCUUUUCGAGCCAUAGACAGGACAAUAGGCGGAAUCGACGAAAUGCUGGUCGGGCUUCAUACAUCUGAGAUCAGUUUCUCUAAAUGUUGUGUUCUUGGAUCAACAGUUGAGAAAGUAGAAUCGGCGAUAGAAUAUUUGCGACACGUUUGGGAAAUAAAGAAAUUCGAAAAACAGACUACAACAUCAAACAGGUUCAGACACAUCUAAUGUGGAUAAAGAUAAUACAUACAGAAAAUCAGUUCACGGUUGCAGUUCAAGGUAUUGCAAUUGAAACCAACAAAAGAUACAUAAUUUGGUCAAACGAUACAUCUUUCUGUUAAGGAUAAAUGGAGCCGAAUAACUUUUAAGAGACUAUGAGAUAGUGUGUGUAAUGCGUACUGUACCUAGUUCUUCCGAGUGGCUACGCUUCGGGUGGAGCAACUUAAUUUAAGGCAUCAUUUUAGUAGGUUUAUCAAAAAUAUAAUCGCGUUGGUAUAUACAAAGAAAUUUAUUUUUAUAUUUACAAAGAACGGACUCAAACCUUAAACCUACACAAGUAUACAACGGUUUUUUAUUUUGACUAAAUAAAUGAAUCGGCAUCCGAAACUCAUGCAUGCACAAUAUCAUGUAAUUCUUUUAUCCACAGUUAUACUCCCCGUAUACCAGCCAUACAUCAUACAUAAAAAACUUUCAAACAACCCCGAUUUCCUGCCCAGCUUUUAAACAGAUUCGUUUCGUCUUAUCUAGUCGUAUACCAAAUCAUUAAGAUGACUACGUAUUUUAACCCCCAGACAAUCGAUUGCAUGUCGCCAUUAGGUUUCUGUAGUAUAUCAAAAGGCUAAGCUUUGUUAAAUAUUUUAAAUUGUUGAUAUUUCGAUGUCACACAAAACAAAUUGAGUGAAGCACUUGUAAAAGAUGUACUCUUACUCCAAUUUUUUUUAGCACAAUUAAUAAUAUCGUUUUAAUUAUUUAAUAUGAAGGAUACCGAAUUUAAUUUGAAAGAAUUGUGCAUAAAAACACGGUAUUUCUAUAGUAGACACAGUAAUUUUUUUAGCAUUCACCAAUCAUUUAAUAAUUUUGCGCUUUCUGCUGUUAAAUACAAGGUUUUAAUCUUGAUUUCAGUAAUGAAUAUUUUCCAUAAUUGCAUUAUUUAGUAAGUAGUUCAAGGUUUAUCACUCAAAAUUUAUUUUUGUUAUACAUGUAUAUGUAUUAAUUUUGAAUAUUAGUGACACUUGAGUGUUUAUGAUUCGUUACUUUUCUGUCGAUUAUAUACUACGAAGUUCCAAGCAACGUUGAAGUUUGUAGAAGUCACAAAAUAUUCAUAAUAAAUUAGCUAAAACAUAGGUACAUCUAUUUGCUGCCUGUUUUUCAUGCCUGUAUAUAUUAUUUAUUUGUCACACUUAAAAUAUUUUAUGGAAAACCUUCAAAAAUGUUCUCAGAAUAAUAUUAAGUGAAACAUUUCAUUCUUUCAUGUUUUUAUUGUUUUAAGCACAUGCUUCCUAAUAAUACGAAUGUUAGAAUAGAUGCAUUUGUAUGUAAUUUGUGUUUUUGCAACGCUCAAGAUAUUUUAUUUGUUUAUAAUCGUUCAAUGUGUUUGCAUGUAUGCAUUAAAGGGACUCGUUCAAGUUUCAUAGUGUUAGAUAUCGAAAACAAUUAUUGCGCGUGAAUGUGAAGUAAACGCUUGUCCUAAUGAUAAAACAUUGUAAUAAGAUCAAAUCAGACAUUUUUUUUUGUAAAUAAUAUUUAAAAAGGUGAAUAAACAUACUCUAGGUUUCCUUAAGUGUUAGUAAUGAUUUGUUUUAUAGGCUUUGAAUUUUAAAAUGCUGUGAAAAGAAUAUUUAACAGUGAUUGUUUUGUGUUUGCUCAUAAAGGUAUGUGACAUAACUCGAUCCCCAAAAAUGUUUUAAAAUACUGUUGCCAACAGAAAAGUUUUGGGUGAGUCCCUUUAAAAAUAAGAUAUGUAUGUUGUUUUCGUUUGUUUAUAAUUGCUAUCAUUUGUAUUUAAAACCUUAUGUCAAAAAUCAAACGGUAAUAAAACUGGCACCUAUUUAAAUAGAUUCACAUUCAAAAUAAUAUUAUACUUAAAAAUAAACCAUUUUUAUGUUAUGUAUUCGUAUCUCUCAUACUUCAUUUUGAGGUCAUACGGUACAUACCGUCAGCUAUUCUCCAAUAAGUUAUGCAUGCUCUUUUCAUCGGUCAUUCAUUUAAAUUUUGUUAUCGUUUACUUACCAUAUUUUCUUUCUGUGAACGUUACAAAAAAGUCCAUGUCUGAAAUAAAGUCGUAAAACAUUUUCCCUAUUAUUACUAACAUUUUUGAUAUAUAUUCGCUAAAAUAAGAGAGUUUCAAUAUUCUGUCGAAAGCAGUUAAUGGUUGUUUGUUCUGGAACAUUCUCAAAUGGAAAUCUAUUUCAAUUUAAACCAAACGAUGGUAAUAUUAUAUUGUGUUUUUUUUUAUUUCCUCUAUCCUUUACAUAUUAAACAUAACAACCAAAUAUAUUUUGAACUGCACAUCAGUGAUAGGGAGUCCUGUGCCGAACAUUGAAAAGUACAUUUAAGAUACACAUAGCAAAGCAUUUGCGAAUCAUUGACAAGUAACGUAGCUGGCCUUGUAACAGUCUUUUGUCAACACUAUCAUACAUUAAAUACAUUUCAGCACAGGACAUAAUACUGUAUUAAAUGUCUUCUGUAAAUACUUUACAAGAUAAUUUACAAGUGGAGCACAGUGAUGUUUGUACAUUUUUUGUAUUAAAAUUGCUUUAAAAUGUUUAUGCGUUACGGUGUGUAUUGUUAUGUAAGUAUUCCGAACCACGACUAUUUAACAAGACUAGUGUAGCAUACUGAUAUUUUUCAUGUGUUAUAUUAAAGUUACUUUAAACUGUGUAUAAGCUGCAUUGUGUACUGGUUUUUAAGUAUUCCGACUCACAAAUAUUAAACAAGACUAGUGUUCUAUACUGACAUUUAUCAUUUGUUAUAUUAAAGUUUCUUUAAACUGUGUAUAAGCUACAAAGUGAACUGGUUUUUAAGGAUUCCGAACCACAAAUAAGCUAGUUCUCUAGCUCACUCAAUUAACCUUAAUGUUAAAUUAUAACGCCUGCUGAGAAAAUACAAUGGUUGUAUAAGAUAAAAGAUAACAAUUCCUUUUUUUGCAGACAGAAUCCUUUUGAAAUAAAAAUAUGAAAACACCAGACAUCAAAAACUCGCAUAUUUGUGUUUGCAAUACCUUUUAAGGUAAUUAUGUAAUUGUUAAAGAUAUAGACCCAGAUUCCGUUUAUAAGUUUACAUCAGUAGAUAUUUUACUUCUAAUGAAUAUACAUCGUCAAAUACCCACAACAGAGCCAUGCAAGAGCUCUCUAAGGAAUAUAGGGCGGAAUCCGUCAGUCGUCGGUCUCCGACGAUGACAUUAAUCUGUGUAAAAACGCUCACCAAUGUGUACAUUUUGCACCAUCAAAGGGAAACAACUUUAUUUGAUAAUUGAUUCACAGCUAUGAACUAUGCUCUGAACAUUGCAAAAAAAGAUAUAUGUCUUACUUCAAAGCCUGAUUGAGAAGCUUUUGUUAUGUUGUCAAUCAAUCUUAGAAUCAACUGUCGUAAAGUGUUGUAGGUUUAGUAAAAUUAUAUACUCUAAUAGGUUAAGGAUGCAAUUCAGAUAGUAUGUACUUAACGUGCAUGAUGCAAAUAUGAUUUUGUCAAACAGGUAGCAUGUUUGUAAACGUUAUGUUCAUGUUAUACUAGUUCUGCAGCGAUUAUUUAUUACAUUUAUGUUGUUGUUUUUAAAAUUUUAACAAUAUGUUUAUUAUGCAACACAUAUUUGUAUUUAUGAAAUGCUUGAUAGUGGAAUUGUUCAUUUGAUAAAUGACUUAAAAUGCCGUUAUUUGUUCAGGGAUCAUUAUUCUCGAUACUAUAAAUGUAUCAUAAAACAUAAUAUUUAUACAUUGUUGUGCAAUAUAAAGUUUUCUUAGCCAAAGUGCUAAAUUUAGAUAAUGUAAAUGUGAUAAUAAAUUGAUGUAAUUUGA